AUGGCUGCAAUCAAAAUAUGUUUAAAAAUUACACGAACUCACUUACUGAAGAAUAAUUUCUCAAUUAAAGUACUUGUAUUAACGGAUAAUGGCUGUUCGCUCACUAUUUUUGCAAGUUUUGGCCAGGCUCGUACCAUCUGAAAUAAUAUAAUAUUCUUGCAAAAUGCACCCACACACAGAUCUUUGGUUAAAAGCAUUGGCAAUCUCUUGCUGUAGCCAUUAGGGUUGUAGGAGAUGUGACACCAGUGUUUCAAGUAUUCUGCUUGAUUUGAUAACGCACGGGACUCUGCUUAGAAAGGUGUUUUGUAUCCCGAAUUGUUUUGGAUCGGUGAGAUCAGCCGUCCAACACUCACAAUGACCAACUUCGUCUUGAUACGAUGUUUAGUCACUACUAUGUUUGUUACUGCAAUGCUGAGUUUCGAGAUCGCGAAAGCUAAGAAUCCAUUAUUCCUAACACCAUACCUGGACAACAACGAUGCACUUACAGCUCAGAGAUUGAGCGAAGUGGACGGCGAUCAACUAUUCAAAAAUCAAACGCUACCUCCCAGCUACGCAGGCUUUCUGACUGUGAAUAAAACAUUAGGAAAUCACAUGUUCUUUUGGUUCUUCCCUGCCCGACACAACACAGUAGAUACACCACUCCUUCUAUGGCUCAACGGAGGCCCAAGCGUGUCGUCGAUGCUAGGUCUGUUUUGGGAACAUGGGCCUUUACGCUGUGUGUCUGCUACUUCCAGUGAUGUAGAAGAGAAUAAGUUCUCAUGGACUGAGUUUGCCUCUGUGCUUUACAUCGACAACCCCGUCGGGACGGGCUACAGCUUCUCCGAUAGUGGUCCGGCAGGAGAGAGAUAUAAGCAAGAAGACAUUACUAGAGAACUUUUCAAUUUCCUCGAACAGUUUUUCGUAAUGUUCUCUGAGUAUAAAACGCGUGAUUUCUAUAUAGGAGGACAGUCUUAUGCCGGGAAAUACGUCCCGUCAAUAGCGCAGUUCAUACAUCAAAAGAGGAAAAACAAGGAAACUAACAUCCCGCUCACUGGGGUGUAUCUAGGAGGUCCAUUUUUCGAUCCCCCAACUCAGAGCCCCGAAAGUUUGAGCUAUUUUUACUCCGUGGGAGCAGUAUCGUAUGCAUCUCACAUAAAAUCUAAGACAGCUGUUCAAAAUUUCAUCGAGUCAAUAGGAGACAGACCAACAGGGUUAAUUACGAGUGAUAUUUUCUCUCGCUUCUUUGAGGUUCCAGGGGUCACGUUUAAGGACAAUUACAUGCUUCAGAAUCCUGCGGGUUACGAAUGCGUCUACUAUGUGAUGAUAUCAGAUCCUGUGAUGAAAGCGGUGCAUGUUAGACAUAACCAGCGUUUCGUUAUAGCAGGCACAGAUUUGUACCAGAAAUUUGGAGACGAGUUUUUCAAGAGCACCAAAGGUCAGCUCUCUGAACUGUUAGAUAAUAAUUAUAAGGUUCUGGUGUAUACGGGAGAUUAUGACACUGUGGUUAGUUCUUCCAUGACGGAAGCGGCUCUCAUGUCAACCCCCUGGUUACGGCAAAAGGAAUAUAACAACACAGAGCGGUCAGUGUGGGGUAAGGAUGACACGUUGGGUUUUUACUCCCUAACUGGACGCCUCUGCCGGGUAGUUGUCCGAGCAGCUGGCCAUCAAACACCACGUGACCAGCCAGAGCGGAGUUUUCUGAUGAUGUCCUUGUUCCUUCGUGAUGGUUGUGUGCACAACGAAGAUGAUGCACUCUUUGGAGAAAUCUGAAAGAAUCGGUGUAAACUAAAGGCGUCUACAAUAAUAUUUGAGGGGGGAGGGAUGAAAUAAAACGAAAUUAGACUUUGCUUGAAGACAAAUUAUGGGUUUGUUCUUUGUGGACUCUCUUGCCUGUGCCAUUCAAUCACAGCAUUUUCUCUUUCAGUUUUAGUAGAGUUUUACGGCCCUUGCAACACAAUAAGGUCAUAAAUAUGUCUGGCCCGGUCAUAAUCAGUCGAAAGACGCAAUGUGUUAUUUGGAGCUACGAGGCUCGAAAGGCUAAAAAGUGACUUUCCAUGAAAUUUUGUUUUUUGGGUCUAUUUAAAGUUUAAUGUCUUCUCCUUCAUUUAAGAUCAAAUUAAACAACUAUGAUCUACUAUAAA